GUAUUAAUAUUAUUUAAAUUUAAAUUAAUUAUCCAAAAAAAAAAAUUUUUUUUACAUAAUCAAAUUUUUUAGUGAAAGUUUAUCAACAUCAAAUAUAUCGUUGACAGCUGAAAAUCUUGAAGAAAGUGCAACAAGAAUUCUCGAAUUGGAAAGAGAGCUGCUGUUUGCAAGAAAUUCUAUAGCUGAAAAAGAUGCUAAAUGUAAACGGCUUAGUGAUCUUCAGAGUCACAUGGACACUGAAGUUCAUGAACUUACCGAAAAAUUAUUUCAGGAAGCUUAUAAAAUGGUUAACGAUGCAGAAGAACGGCGAGAAAAGGCGGAAAAGCUUUUAGCUGAAAGUCGUAUGAAAUUGGAUGUUUUAACCGCAGAAGUUGAAGCUUUAAAAAUAAUCGUAAAAGCUCCGUCUGUACACAUCGCUCGCGGUGGUGUUGCGACAAGGAUUUUUGGAAGUAAAUUUGGAAUUUUUUCGAGCAGUAAAAAAAAUAAGCGGGUAGACAUAUAUGUUCCGGCGGAAAAAAAAAGUUUAAGUUGGCCAGCUUCAACCAAAGAUUCAACGGUGUCUCAUAAUGAAGAGAUGAAACAACAAGAAAAUGUUUUUGAAGUUGAUCCUAUAUAUUAUCGAGAAUUCGCUGAAUGGCACGAAUCUGGGGCUGUCUUAGAUGAGAAGUCACCAUUUUGGAAACGAAUUGUGACUGAAGAAAUAGAGCCCUGUUUAAAUUUUGAAAAUGUUGAGACGAAAAAUAAAAUUAUAUCUGCGGUCAAAUGUAAUGCGUUGGAGUUGGAACCAGUGAUUGAACAAAAGCCGUCUUUAAAGGCAUGUGCGUUAUCAAAUGUUUUUUGUGUUUGUCCAUAUCGGUUGAGAGUUGCCGGCGGUGAAGAAUGGAUGUAUGUAUCGCUGUUGUCUCGAAAUAGAAUUACAGCCGUCUGUGACUUCUUCACGUACAUAAGAUACGUAAAUCAAGGAAUUGUAAAAAGCGGACUUCACGAUCUCUACCGAGAGGUGAUUAAUUUAAGGAAAAAUAUGGCACUGGCUCGAUUAGGCCUUGGUUUUGUACCGAAACUCGCUGACUGUAGGCAUGAUGUACGCUAA